ACCGAUAAUAACCUCUCCUGUACAGCUCAGCGGCUGGAUCUAUAAAAGGAACUCCGGGUUAAAAACAUUAGUCCUUUUUUUUCUCUCUCUCUCUCUUAUUCUCUGAGAGGCAGAAAGGGGGAGAUACUGUGCCGGGGAGGCUGACAAAAACAUAUUCUCAUAGUACAAGCCAGGAAGCAUCAGAUCUGCACUGUAUGGAAUAGAGGACGCAGUGGUCCCAUGAAUGUGUUAGCUACUUUACAGGACUUACAUCGCUGGCUCUUUUAUAGAUUCCCGCAAUAGGAGGGGGCAAGAGUUAAUGAGCAACCUAAAACUCCUGUUACUGCCACAGCUCCUGCCACAGCUGCAGAGGUGAAGAUUCUGCGCUCUCAGGAGGAGAUGGCUUACUGUACGCAGCUAGGGCUGCUUCUCUGGAAGAACUUUACCUAUAGACGGAGACAGACGUUGCAAUUGUUGGUUGAAGUUGCUUGGCCACUUUUUAUCUUCUUCAUUCUGAUCUCUGUACGUCUUUCGUAUCCCCCCUACGAACAACAUGAAUGUCACUUCCCAAACAAAGCUAUGCCAUCAGCAGGGGCAUUGCCGUGGGUACAGGGCAUUAUUUGCAAUGCAAACAACCCUUGUUUUCGCUACCCAACACCAGGCGAAUCUCCUGGAGUGGUCGGAAAUUUCAACAGAUCAAUAGUAUCUCGCCUGUUUUCCGAUGCAAGGAAGUUUUUGCUAUACAGCCAAAAAGACACAACUGUAAAGGAUAUGCAAGGAUUUCUGGGAAAUUUAAAGAGAUACCAUGGAUCAGGUCUAAAACUUCAAGACUGCUUGACUGACAAAGAGAAAUUCUCAACACUUCUUCGGCAUAAUAUGAGCUUACCUCCAAUUGUUGUGUGGGAGAUAAUGAAUGCUGAUCUCAAGCUAGAACAAGUCUUGAUAUCUGGAUUUCAAAUACACUUGAAGGAUCUGUGUAACAGCUCCAGGCUGGCUGAAUAUGUCACCAUUCACAAUGAAGACGUUGCUAAUUUCACUCAAACUGUUAUCUGUGCACUCCCAGAGGAUAAACUCAACUUUCUGGAGCUUCAAUUUAGGUCUAACAUCGACCUUCUAAAGCCCAUCAUGAAAGAAAUGUCAUCACAGUCUUUCCCUUUUCUAAAAGAAGUGACAAAUAACUUGCUGGAUAGUCUGGGAGACCUUGCCAAAGAGAUUUUUACCAUGAAGAGCUGGGCAGAGAUGAGGCAGGAAGUUAUGUUCUUGACAUCCGUCAACUCUACAGUUUCACCCACCUCAUUAUACCAGGCAGUAUCACGGAUUGUGUGUGGCCACCCAGAAGGAGGAGGACUGAAGAUCAAGUCUCUCAACUGGUAUGAAGACAAUAACUACAAGGCCCUCUUUGGAGGGAAUGAAGGAGGAGAAAAUGGCACAGAAGAAGACCCACAGAUUGUUUACGACAACUCCACAACUCCUUUUUGCAAUGACCUGAUGAAGAAUUUGGAGUCUAACCCUCUGUAUAGGAUGAUUUGGAGAGCACUUAAACCACUACUUAUGGGCACUAUCCUGUAUACCCCCAAUACUCCUGCCACACGCAUGUUAAUGGCUGAGGUCAACAAAACGUUCCAAGAGCUGGGUGUGUUCCGCGAUCUUGGUGCAAUGUGGGAAGAAAUUCGACCAAAAGUUAAAAAAUUCAUAGAGAGCAGCGAGGAGGUGGACCUUAUCAGGACAUUGCUGACCAAUAAAGGUAGCAAAAACUUCCUGGACCGUCAACUUAACUCAUCAGGGUGGACAAGUGACGAUAUCUCAAGGUUCCUGGCCAAAAACCCAGAAGAUGCACAGAUGGAAAGCGGAACAUAUUACACCUGGAGAGAUGCACUCAACGAGACUGACCGAGCUAUCCUGACCAUGUCUCGUUUCAUGGAGUGUGUGAACUUAGACAAGCUGGAAGCAGUGGACACAGAAGAGCUUCUCAUUGAUAAGUCAUUGGAGCUUCUAAAUGAGAGGAAAUUUUGGGCAGGUCUUGUGUUUAUGGACAUGCCCGAAGAUGGCACACAGCUUCCCAGCCACAUCAAGUAUAAGAUCCGGAUGGACAUAGAUAAUGUAGAGAGGACAAACAAGAUUAAGGAUGGAUACUGGGACCCUGGUCCUCGUGCUGAUCCAUUUGAAGACAUGCGUUAUAUCUGGGGUGGCUUUGCUUAUCUUCAAGAUGUUGUAGAACAGGCUAUAAUCAGAGUGCAAACAGGGACAGAGAAGAGGACUGGAGUCUACGUGCAGCAGAUGCCCUACCCUUGCUAUGUUGAUGAUAUAUUCCUACGAGUCAUGAGCCGCUCUCUUCCAUUGUUUAUGACUCUGGCCUGGAUCUACUCUGUUGCUGUGAUCAUUAAAGGGAUUGUAUAUGAGAAGGAGGCCCGUCUUAAAGAAACCAUGAGGAUUAUGGGAUUGGAUAAUGGCAUUCUUUGGUUGAGUUGGUUUAUUUCCAGUUUCAUCCCCCUUCUUAUGAGUGCAGGACUGUUGGUGCUCAUUCUUAAGGUGGGCAAUUUGUUGCCUUACAGCGACCCCAGCGUAGUCUUUGUGUUUCUGGCAGUGUUUGGAAUAGUAACCAUCUCGCAGUGUUUCCUCAUAAGCACAAUAUUUUCCAGAGCCAACCUGGCUGCCGCUUGUGGUGGAAUUAUCUAUUUCACAUUGUACCUUCCCUAUGUGCUGUGUGUUGCCUGGCAAGAUUACGUGGGGUUCCCAAUGAAGAUUUUUGCAAGCUUUCUCUCUCCAGUUGCCUUUGGGUUUGGCUGUGAGUUUUUUGCACUCUUUGAAGAGCAAGGUGUUGGCGUACAGUGGAGCAACCUCUUGGACAGUCCGUUAGAGGAGGAUGGAUUCAACCUUACUACAUCUGCCUUCAUGAUGCUUUUUGAUACUCUCUUGUAUUUGGUCAUGACUUGGUACAUUGAAGCUGUCUUUCCAGGUCAGUUUGGGAUCCCAAGACCUUGGUACUUCCCAUUCACAAAAUCUUACUGGUGUGGGGAGGAGCCUAAAGAUAUCACUCACCCUAACUGUGUCCAUAAUAAAUUAUCAGAAGAUCGCAUGGAAGAAGAGCCCAGUCAUCUUUACUUAGGCGUUUCCAUUCAGAACCUGGUGAAGAUUUACCAUAGUGGCAACAAAAAGGCUGUAGAUGGUCUUACUCUCAGUUUUUAUGAAGGGCAAAUCACUUCUUUUCUUGGACAUAACGGGGCUGGAAAAACUACCACUAUGUCAAUCUUGACAGGUCUGUUCCCACCGACUACGGGAACUGCAUACAUUCUAGGAAAAGACAUACGCUCUGAACUCAGCUCCAUCAGGCAAAACCUUGGGGUUUGUCCACAGCACAAUGUGCUCUUUGACAUGCUAACUGUAGAGGAACACAUCUGGUUCUAUGCACGCCUGAAAGGGCUUUCUGAAGAGAAGGUGAAAUCUGAAAUGGAACAGAUGCUAAUUGAUGUUGGUCUUCCCAACAAGAAGAAGGCCAAGACAAGUCAGCUGUCAGGUGGUAUGCAAAGAAAGCUCUCUGUCGCUUUAGCAUUUGUCGGAGGAUCCAAAGUUGUCAUCCUUGAUGAGCCAACAGCUGGAGUUGAUCCUUACUCUCGUAGAGGGAUUUGGGAGCUGCUUCUUAAAUACAGACAAGGACGUACUAUUAUCCUAUCUACACAUCAUAUGGAUGAAGCAGAUAUACUUGGUGACCGCAUUGCCAUUAUCUCCCAUGGAAAGCUAUGCUGUGUUGGAUCUUCUCUCUUUCUAAAGAACCAGUUUGGAACCGGCUACUACCUAACAUUAGUCAAGAGAGACACAGAUUCAUCUAUGAGCUCAUGCAGAAACAGCAGCAGCACAAUGUCUUAUCUGAAAAAGGAGGAUAGUGUUUCUCAAAGUAGUUCGGAUGCUGGUCUUGGCAGUGACCAUGAAAGUGAUACACUGACAAUAGGUCUCACAGAUGUCUCGGCUAUUUCAAAUCUCAUUAACAAACAUGUGCCUGAAGCUCGAUUUGUUGAGGAUAUGGGACACGAGUUGACCUACGUCUUGCCAUAUGAAGCUGCCAAAGAAGGAGCCUUUGUGGAGCUGUUCCAUGAGAUAGACGAUCGGCUCACUGACCUUGGCAUAUCCAGUUAUGGAGUCUCGGACACAACACUCGAAGAGAUAUUCCUGAAAGUGGCUGAGGAAACUGGAGUGGAUGCAGAAACAUCAGACGGAACACUGCCAGCUAGAAGGAAGAGAUAUGCAUUUGGCGAUCGUCAGAGUUGCCUGAGACCCUUUAAAGAAGAUGAUAAUUUAGAAACUAAUGAUUCUGAUGUGGAUCCAGAGUCCCGAGAGACAGACUGUCUCAGUGGAAUGGAUGGCAAAGGUUCUUACCAGUUGAAAAGCUGGCAUCUAAUGAGGCAACAGUUUGUUGCACUCCUUUGGAAGAGGUUACUUUAUGCCAAGCGAAGCAGAAAGGGUUUCUUUGCACAGAUUGUUCUACCAGCGGUUUUUGUUCUCAUUGCACUUAUGUUCAGUCUCAUUGUGCCACCCUUUGGUAAAUACCCCAGCCUUGAACUACAGCCUUGGAUGUAUGACGAUCAAUAUACAUUUUUCAGCAAUGAUGCCCCUCAGGAUGAAGGGACGCAAGCUUUACUACGUGCCCUAACUGACAAGCCUGGCUUUGGAACAGCUUGCAUGGAAGGAUAUUCCGUUACGGGUGUCUCAUGUUCAGAGGGGGAGGAGCAGUGGAGCACACAGUUUGUCCCAAAGUCUGUAGAAGAACUUUUUCUUUAUGGCAACUGGUCAAUGGAGAAUCCAUCUCCAUCUUGUGAGUGCAGCAAUGACAGGAUAAAGAAGAUGCUCCCUGUUUGCCCACCAGGUGCUGGAGGACUUCCUCCUUUCGAGAAAAAACAAAAUACCUCGGACACUUUGCAAAAUCUCACAGGUCGAAACAUAUCUGACUAUCUUGUAAAAACAUAUGCCCAGAUCAUUGGAAAAAGCUUGAAGAACAAGAUCUGGGUAAAUGAAUUUAGAUAUGGGGGCUUCUCAUUGGGAGCAAGCAGUUCUCCAGAUAUACCUUCCAGUGAGGAGCUGGUGACUUCCAUAAACCACAUGAAGGAUGUCUUUGAACUAGCUAAGGAUGGGGCAGCCAAUCGUUUUCUAGAUAGCCUUGGGACCUUCAUGAAAGGACUGGAUGCAAAAGAUAGUGUCAAGGUGUGGUUCAACAACAAAGGCUGGCAUGCAAUUGGCUCUUUUCUGAAUGUGAUAAACAAUGCAAUCCUGCGAUCCAACCUUCAGGAGGGAGAGGAUCCGGCUUCUUAUGGUAUUACAGCCUUCAAUCACCCUCUUAACCUCACCAAAGAACAGCUGUCUGAAGUUGCACUAAUGACUACCUCGGUGGAUGUCCUAGUCUCUAUCUGUGUGAUCUUCGCCAUGUCUUUUGUGCCAGCCAGUUUUGUGGUUUUCCUGAUCCAGGAGAGAGUCACCAAAGCAAAGCACAUGCAAGUCAUCAGUGGAGUGAAACCUGUCAUUUAUUGGCUAGCCAACUUUGUAUGGGAUAUGUGUAAUUAUGUGGUACCAGCAACAUUGGUCAUCAUUAUAUUCAUAUGUUUCCAGCAAGACUCUUAUGUCUCCUCCUCUAACCUGCCUGUCCUGGCGCUGCUACUCUUACUAUAUGGGUGGUCCAUAACUCCCCUAAUGUAUCCAGCUUCUUUCUUAUUCAAGAUUCCCAGCACAGCUUACGUGGUGUUAACAAGUGUCAACCUCUUCAUUGGAAUAAAUGGCAGUGUGGCUACUUUUGUUCUAGAACUCUUCACCAAUAAUAAACUAAGCAAUAUCAAUGAAAUAUUGAAGUCUGUGCUUCUCAUAUUUCCUCACUUCUGCCUGGGACGAGGUCUUAUUGAUAUGGUGAAAAAUCAGGCCAUGGCUGAUGCUUUAGAAAGAUUUGGAGAAAACCGCUUUGUUUCACCUCUUUCAUGGGAUCUCGUUGGAAGGAACCUUUUUGCCAUGGCCGUGCAGGGUGUAGUGUUUUUCGGCAUUACGCUGAUGAUUCAGUAUCGUUUCUUUAUUAAAUCAAGACCAGUGAAUGCAAAGCUGCCCCCUUUGGUAGAUGAGGAUGAGGAUGUGGCAAGAGAGCGGCAGAGGAUAUUAAAUGAAGGAGGCCGGAAUGAUAUCUUAGAGCUGAAAGGGCUCACUAAGAUCUAUGGGAUAAAGAGAAAGCCAGCUGUUGAUAGGCUGUGUGUGGGCAUCCCUCCAGGAGAGUGCUUUGGGCUGCUUGGUGUAAAUGGUGCUGGCAAGACCACUACUUUUAAGAUGCUCACCGGAGACACUGAUGUGACUGCUGGGGAAGCUUUUCUGAAAGGACAUAGCAUCCUUUCAAACAUGCAAGAAGUUCACCAGAACAUGGGAUACUGUCCUCAGUUUGACGCUAUUAAUGAGCUCCUCACAGGAAGAGAGCAUCUGGAGCUGUACGCGCUCUUGCGUGGCAUUCCUGACAAUGAGGUUUGCAAGGUUGCUGAAUGGGCAGUACGUAAAUUGGGCCUAGUUAAAUAUUCAGAAAAAAGUGCAGGAAGCUACAGUGGAGGAAACAGGCGCAAGCUUUCUACAGCAAUUGCUUUGAUUGGGGGGCCUCCUGUGGUAUUUUUGGAUGAGCCAACUACAGGUAUGGAUCCCAAAGCAAGGCGCUUCCUUUGGAAUUGUGCUCUGAGCGUCAUUAAAGAGGGGAGAUCAGUUGUACUUACCUCACACAGCAUGGAGGAGUGUGAAGCUCUGUGUACCAGAAUGGCCAUAAUGGUUAAUGGGAGGUUCAGGUGUCUGGGAAGUGUCCAACAUCUAAAGAACAGGUUUGGAGACGGCUAUACCAUUGUUGUCCGGAUAGGCGGCACAAACCCAGAUAUGAAACCAGUGGAAGAGUUCUUCAGCCACGCGUUCCCUGGCAGUGUACUGAAGGAGAAGCACAGAGGGAUGCUACAGUACCAGCUCUGCUCCUCACAGUCCUCCUUGGCCAGGAUAUUCAGCAUCCUCUCCAAGAACAAAAAUAGACUUCACAUUGAAGAUUAUUCUGUUUCUCAGACCACACUAGACCAAGUAUUUGUUAACUUUGCCAAGGACCAAAGUGAUGAUGAUCAUUUAAAGGACCUGUCAUUACACAAAAACCAGACUGUUGUAGACGUUGAGCGCCUAUCAUCCUUCCUUCAAGAUGAGAAGGUGAAAGAAAGCUACGUAUGACAAGCCAAAUAGGAGAAGCACAAAGGAUUUUAGUUAAUAACUUCCAAUGGCUAUGAUUGGGACAUAAACGCCAGAAAGACAAAACUCCAGGACUUGCCCUAAGAGGCAUUGUAUACUGGAUAUAGCGCUACCAUUCAAUGCAAUGCAAAUCAAUGCAAUGACAAACAGAAUUCCAUUUAAAGAGGCAGUGCCUCAUGUUGUUUUGUUGUACUGUACUCAAGUGGAAGACUUGAACGUAGAGUCCAGCAGUAUGACAAUGUGAAACUGUAGUGUUGCUCCCACUGGAUCAUACCCAUAUGUGGGUUUAAAACUAUUACGUACAACUUCAUUUUGUAUUCUUCUGUGGGUUUUUUCUCUCUCACAAGAUUGUAACAAUCUUACCAUUAACAAGAGAUGGCCAGAGACUAUUGGUGUUUUGGAGCUAUUGCAAGAUUAUUGUGCACAGGAAAGUCAGACGUCGGUUACCAUGGAUUAGACAUUCUGUGGUUCUUCACUGUUGCAAUAGACGGUAUAAGUAAAAUGAUCUCACCUUUACAUUUAUUUUCUGAGACACAUGGGGAGCAUAGCUGACUUUCGUUAUUACGCCAGUACUCUCAUUUACUGUAGCACAUGGUGAACGACAGCAGAUUUAAGGUGCUAUUCUGUAUCAAACCAUCACUUGCAGAACUGUACCAACCGCACAUCAGUUGGAGUGAAAUAUAUAUAUCUUAGAAAUGUUCUAACCCCCCCCCCCCUCCAUAAUCUUUGGCCUUUAAAACUAUGUUGCAAUGUUGCUAAUUGUUUCAUCUUAUAUUUUAUACUGCAAGUUGUUAAUGUUUUUUUUCCCCUUAAGUUUAGUUGGUAGCAUCGUUACAGGCAUCCUGAAGUAUUACUUUUGGUGUUUCCAUUUUAUUCAUACCUUCAAUAGUACCAUUUUCGUAGAUGUAUAAUCUAAAGUAACAUUUAACUUUGUCUUGUUUCAGUUUCCUCAUUGUGUAGCCUGGGGCACAAAAUGUAGUUUUACACUAAUGAAACUGCAGUUCAUUGGAGUUUGUGUCAAGCCUCUGCUUGCAAAUGGUGUUCGUGUUUUUUUACGAAUGCUACAAAGAUAUUAUAUUGGAGUACUGUGACUCCUGUGUGCUGUUUUACAAACAAGCCACAAUAUUUAUCAGUAUGUUUAUCUAACACGUCUUAUUGUAGGUGUGCUCCUUCACACAGGAACAUGCUUUAAACAUUCGUCUCAAUUCUGUAGCUCCAUACCCUGGAGUUGUCUAAAAUGAUCUUUUAAUUAUUAACCAGUUUUCAUAAGCUUUCAUACAAAAAUGAACGGCUUGUUUGAUUUGUAUCUUCAGGAUUAAGAUUAAACACAAAUUAAAUUGCUAAACAGAUUAAACUUUUUAAUUUUAAACAGAUUUAAAAUAUAUUUAUAUAUAUAUAUAUAUAUAUAUAUAUAUAUAUAUAUAUAUAUAUAUAUAUAUAUAUAUAUAUAUAUAUAUAUAUAUAAUCACCCCUAUUUCACCUCCUGUUUCACCUUGGCACUUCUCUACUAAAAUGUAUUUUUGCUUAUCUAUGUACUAGAUAAAUGUGGCUGUUCAUAUAGGGUAAAUUGUUUUAAAUAGCACACAGUGUUUACAAUCUGCUUCAUAUUGUGCUGCAUUCUCCCAAAGAAUAGAGAUCAAUAAACCGAAGGUUUAAAGGGACAGUCAACACCAGAAUUUUUGUUGUUUAAAAAGAUAGAUAAUCCCUUUAUUACCCAUUCCCCAGUUUUUCAUAACCAACACAGUUAUAUUAAUAUACUUUUUACCUCUGUGAUUACCUUGUAUCUAAGCAUCUUCUGACAGCCCCCUGAUCACAUGACUUUUUAUUUAUUAUCUAUUGACUUUCAUUUUAGCCAAUUAGUGCAGUGUCUGCCACGAGCCACGGGCGUUAUCACAAUGUUAUCUAUAUGGCUGACAUGUACUAGCACUCCCCUGUUGUGAAAAGCAAAUAAAAAAAACAUGUGAUUAGAGGCGGCUUUUAAGGGCUUAAAAAUUAUGAGCCUUCCUAGGUUUACUUUCAACUAAGAAUACCAACAUAACAAAGCAAAAUUGGUAAUAAAAGUAAAUUGGAAAGUUGUUUAAAAUGACAUGCCCUAUUUGAAACAUGAAAGUUUUUUUUUGGACUUGACUGUCCCUUUUAUAAUGGUCAGACAAACACUCAAAAACACACUUAUCUCAGUACCUGUUUCUAUUAUAAAGCGAUUUUCAUUAUUUUUCAUAUACAUUUACAUUGGUGCUGCUCCUUGGGGAAAAGGGAACUCCCUGCACUAGUUGUUCCUACUGAAAAAAAGCAAUAUUGAAUUUUCAGUUAAUUUUGCACCAUUAGGUUUACAACCAAGCUCUUAUCGUUUUUAAACUCUUUUUCAGUCAAAGCAUUUGUGAGGUUGUUAACAACUGCAAACUAUUGGUCUCCAAUAUUUGGGAAAGCAGCAUCUGAAGGUUUCUUGUUUGGGGGAAAAUAACAUUUUGAGGGGAAAAAAAAAAAGUUACCUCUUUUUUGCUGCUGAAUUGCACCAUAUCCACAUAGGGAACACCAGAACCAGAGUUUUAUUGCAUUAGUUUUCUUCAUUAAAUAAGAUUCUGGAAAGGUUGGCUGUUACAUUUGGAUGUAGGUGCUAAAUAAUCAGUUAUCCUGGGAUUUUGUUUUGUAAAGCCAAGGGACUGUUUUAAUUUUAGUCCCAACAUUUGUAUGGUCAGUAAUUCUAUACAUUAAUCAAACCAUGUGUAUCAUUUUACAUGAUGCAAAAACUAGACUUUUGUACUUAUUAAUGCAAAAAUGUCUUUUUGUUUUUUUUUUUACACCUCUAUGCAAGUUGCAUAAUAUAGACCCAAACAUGUAAUUAUCACAAACAAUUUUACUACCGUUUUACAAUACUGCCACAUUAGCUUUGCAUUAAUGUGAGUGGUGUUAUACAUUAAAUUUAUAUAAACUAGCAGAUUCCUAAAUGGUUCUCUGUAUCCAACUCUUUAAUAUGUGCCUAUAUUAACUGGAUUUACUGGCUGCAAAGCUCAGGGUAAUAUGUAUACCAUUUUUUAUUAUUAUUAUUAAAAGAGUGCAUCCUAUACCAGUCUUUGUUUAAAUUAUUGAUGCAUAUAGUAAAAUAAUUUAAGUGCCACAAUUCAUACUUCAACCACUUUUACCAAUGAGGUGCACAUAAUAUAAAUACUUUUGUACCUGUGGUUUACUGUUUGUUAUGAUUAAAUAUAUGUCCACAUGUCCUGAAAUCCUCUCCUGUGUGGCCUAACAGAGAUAACGUAUCUGCAACUGGCUCUAUGCUAAAUGAACCAUAUCAUGCUUAUGUAUGAUGAAAAUUUGCAGACCCUUUUCCUAAACUUACCAAUUAAAUGGGAGAUAUCAUCACCGUAUGCAUACCUAUAUCUCAAAAGUGGUCUGGGAGCUAUACAUAUUAAUGCAAGUUUGUUGUUGCUAUUCAAUAGGGACAUGACAUUUCUCCCAUAAGAUGUGAUGUUUUUACGCAUUAUAUUUCAUUAUGGUUGGUCCUUCAUUCCAAGCACUUUACGCUGUCUUUAAUGGGAUCUACUUUUGCACUGGAAUACCCAUUAAUGUUGCAAAACUAGAUACAACAAAAAGGUUUUACAAAAUAUAAAUUUGUAAGUUAAUUAGUUCAGUUACUAUUUCCAUGACUGAAAAAAAAAAAAUAUUUGUAUUGUCUGUAACUGUUUAAGUAUUAAUAAUGUAUAGGCAGAGAUUUAUGUUAUAAUUGCCUUGUAUUAUGUCACUUAAAUAAAUUUUGUGACACCAAA